AUUCUUCUCUGAUAUAAAUACAAAGAACAACUCCCAACAACAAAUAUCUUUAAAAUGUCUUCUAACGCCGCCAAUUCUAACACUCUAACCGACAUGAAGGAGGCUGCCACCAGCGCCAUGAACUCUGUCAGCGACACCGUUAGCCAAGCUGUAUACGGAGAGAAAUCGACUGCCCAGAAGGCCGCUGAUGGAAUUGACCGUACCGCCCAGAAAGCUGAAUACAAGGGUGAGAAGGCUGCCAAUACUGGAAACGACACUGCGAACAGCAUCGGAGAUGCCUUUGAGGACGCCAAGGCGUCAGUAAAGAACGCCACCAACAAUGCCGAGGCAGAGGCCAACAAGGCUGAUAACCGGUCAUAGAUUGUUGAAACUGUAGGAAAAGGGCAAAUAUAAGGUGUGUAUCUGCUUGAUUCGCAUCCCAGGAAGUGAUAUCUCGUUUGACACAUCCGUAUUUGACUCCUACUCUCAGCUAAGGGAAAACGACUCGAUCAUACAUCAGGCACUUGAGUCCUGAGGGCCAGUUGUAUAUAGAUCUUGUGGCUCAUUGCUCCGCUUGUGCUACAAUGUACAUAGCACACAACCACAAAAUAAAAAAGAAUCUAGGUA